CACAGAAUAACAUCGACUUUCGAGCUGUGCGAAACGCUGAGGAAUUUCGUGUUGGCAUUAAGUGAACCAGAGAAUCCUGUGUGACAGCUCUCCGAUGGCGCCAAAUGUUGUUGCCUUUUUGUAUUAUACGGUGCAGGAUCUGUACGAUCAGCACAAAGAUCCGCGCAUCGCUCACUUGCCGCUGACGGGUGGAAUGUGGGGCGUGGCGCUCGUGAUCAUUGGAUAUUUGGCAUUUGUGCUGCAUUUCGGGCCCAAAUGGAUGGAAAAGCGCCAGCCGUUCAAGCUGAAGUUCGUCAUGCAGCUGUACAACGUCGUUCAGGUGGUGGCCAACUCGCUGCUGUUCGUCUACGGCGUUUACUACUCGCUGCUGCAGCCCAGCUUCAGCUUGAGCUGCCAGCCCGUGGAGCACGAUAAUACGACGCCGCAGAUGAUGAGGCUGAUUUAUGCCUCCUAUGGCUACUACUUGCUCAAAUAUCUCGAUCUCUUUGAUACGGUCUUCAUAGUGUUGCGCAAGAAGAACUCGCAGGUGAGCUUCCUGCACGUGUAUCAUCAUGCCGGCAUGAUCUUCGGCGUCUACGUCUAUAUGACCUUCUUGGCGGGCUCGCACUGCACCAUGCUGGGCGUGAUCAAUCUGUUCGUGCACUCGGUCAUGUACGCCUACUACUUUGCCAGCUCUCUGGGCGCCGUGAAGCACCUGCUCUGGUGGAAGCGUCACAUCACCCAGCUGCAGCUGCUGCAGUUUGGCUUCUUGACUCUGCACUUCCUGCUCGUGAUCGUGCGGAAUCCCUGCCAGUUCCCAGUCCUGAUAUCGUUCAUUGGCUUCAUACAGAACAUUUUCAUGUUCGCCAUGUUCUUCGACUUCUACUACAAGACCUACAUACGCAAGGCCAAGGCGGCAGCAGAGACCGCAACAGACUCUAAGGCGCAGCUCAGUUGAGUUCGAUGGCCACAAAUUUAAUUUCUAAGUUUUAAGUUUUCUAUGCCUAUUCCAUUAUGCAGCAAUAUAUAUAUAUAUAUAGUCGGGCUAAGCUCGCCCGAUAUGAAUAAACAUCAUUUUGACUGCCCUUGAA